CGGGCUCAUAACCCUCAUUCAGGAUAUGAUUCGAGGAUUCGACGAAAAAAUCCCCCGAAUAUUACCUCUUUUCACGGACAAAAUGACACAAUCCAUCAAGAACAUAAAACCAUCGUCUCUAUCCGCCUUUAACAAGGAUUUGUGAUCGUUAUGGAGGGAAUCAGGCGGUUGAACAACCAUAGAUUCGUUACUCUAGUGGGUGUUGUUGUCUUGUCACUGUUUUGGUAUCAAAUACAAGUCUACCUUGAACAAAAACAACACAAGGAAUCUCUUCAUCUCUGGCUCAAAAAUAACGAUCUAGAUCGAUAUAUUGACAAGAUAAACAACGCUGGAGUGAAGUCACUACAAGAAUUUGCAGAGCUUGAUGUCAAUAGAUUCCUAGUCAGCCAGUUCCCAAGUCUACACCACAAUGAAUAUUCAAAAGUACAUGGAAAAUUUACUAAAUAUGUCCAAAAAAUGAAAAGUCAGUUGAUAUUAUAUUACUGGCUUGAAGAAAACAGUCUGGAACGAUAUUUUCCCACAUUAAUUAAUUUAGGAUUUGAAAGCAUUGAAGAUAUUAAAGAUAAUAUGAAUGAAGAAAUAUUAAGAAAAGUGGCAAAUUUAGAUAAUAGAAUAGCUCAAGUUUCAAAGCUUAAAGAUGCAAUAGAGACACUAAAGCUGAGUCCUGACGAACGACGCCACAACAGCAGCUGGAUAAAGUAUAUUUUUUAUAUUUUUCUACGCUUGUUGUCAGUUAUUUGGUGGAUCGUCAAGACAAUAGCCAAAAGUCUAGGGUACCUGUUAGUGUCAGGCAUCCUCAUAGUCUACAUACGUGCAACCAUCAGACGCACCAAUUCUGUCUGCCAGAGACAUAAGAUAUCCGUAUUGAAUUAUGUGCUGGGGAACUACUUGCAUCCUAAGAACACUAAAGUACUGUGGCAAUGGAAAGAACCUGCAGUCGUUGGACAAGCAAUGACUUUUGUUAUAGAGUUUUACAGGUAUAAUUGCAUUGCGCAUCCAGUAGACAAGAACAGUGGUAUAACUGUGGAAAUCCUUCACAAGGGAAGUAUGAUAGCAUAUUCUUGUGAGUAUGGAGGGCCUACACAGAAUCGACAAGAUAGUAAUAAGAUGAAAGUUACAUUCACUGUGCGUCAGGCUGGCGAGUACACAAUAGCUAUACUCCUGGCUCAUGAACAUGUCAAGGGAAGCCCAUUUAAGAAAGUGUUUCUUCCAGGUCCAGUUGAAUCAUCCAAGUGCAUAAUAGUAGACAGACUGUCAAUGCUUGUUGUCAAAAAAGACACCUAUUCACCAUUGAUAGUCCAGAUGAGAGACAAGUAUGGCAACACGUGCGCACUCACUGAUGUACAAUGUCUGGGUAAAUUCAARGUUGACAUCACCAAGAUUGGAUCCAGAAGAAAAGUUGACCCAGAACUGUUUGUUGAUACCACGGAUUCACCUGUUGGGAAUGUCCUACACAUCAAAAUAGAGGAAGAAGGAUGUUAUGCUGGAGAAGUGAGCUAUGAUGGUGCAAGAAUAGACAACUCUGCACUAACCAUCUUAUCUCUUACCAUUGACGAGUGGACAGCAGUUGAAAAAAAUAUUCAGAAGCACUGCUACAAUGUCUGGUAUGAAUCGUCCUUACUCGUUAACAACAACCCAGUGAACCAGCAUUUAACUCCUAGUAGAAGAUCUGCGUCCAGUGCAGGCAUAAAUGGAAUAAAUCUUACUAUAUCAAGUCUUGACAGCAGUCAGUACCGAGUUUCUAACAAGAAACUCUACUGUUACAUUUCACCCAAGGCGGUUCAGAAAACUUCAAAAAGAAGCAGGAAUUCUUUAACCAGCAGUUGCUCUCCAAACAUGGCUCAAAGUAUGGCUGCACUGAACUCAAGAUCGACAGGCAGAACCUUCUAGAAAGUUCAUACGCUGCCUGCAAGUCCUUGUACUUCAGCGACUGGCUGAGACUCUUCAGCAUACGUUUUCAAGGGGAAGAAGGGCUGGACUGGGGUGGAGUCCGUCGUGAAUGGAUCGAUUUAUUGUCGGGUAUCCUCUUUGGACACGAGCACAAGCUCUUCACUCGUUUCAAGGAGGAAGACGCUCAAGCCCUAGUUCAUCCUAAUCCUAAACGUCCAGCUAAUCUGAAGCUAAAAUACUACGAGUUCGCUGGCCGUAUUGUUGGCAAAUGUAUGUACGAGUCUGCAGUCGGAGCCGGGCGAAGACAGAAUAUUAAAGCAAAGUUUUCUCGUUCGUUUCUCGCUCAGCUACUUGGUCAGCGGGUAACUUACAAGCAUUUUGAGACAGACGACAAGGAUUUCUACCGAAGUAAAAUCAAGUACAUCGAAGAAAAUGAUCCGGCUGACUUGGAUCUCAAGUUUGUUGAAGAAGAGUACAUUGAUGGAAAACUGGUCGAGAACGUCGCACUCAAGCCAGGAGGGGCCCAGAUUCCAGUAACAGAAGAAAACAAGCUUGAAUACCUAAACCUGUUGGCACAAUAUCGACUAGUUACCAGCUGUCAACAAGAAAUAGAAAGUUUCCUUAAAGGUUUAAACGAACUCAUACCCGACAGUUUGCUGAGUAUUUUUGAUGAGAAUGAGUUAGAGUUGGUGAUGUGUGGUACUGGUGAUAUCAGUGUAACAGAUAUGAAGGCAAAUCAUAUUGAUCUGUAUCGAGCUGGCUCCUGGAGUAAGGUUAUUGAUUGGUUUUGGACCAUUGUGUCCAGCUUCACACAAGAGGAACUCGCUCGUCUAGUUCAGUUCAUCACUGGUAGUUCUCAGCUUCCACCAGGAGGGUUUAGUGAAUUGUCACCAACAUUACAAAUCAGCUAUUUUCCUGCUACUGAUGCACUACCAACAGCCCACACGUGUUUCAACCAGCUUUGUCUGGCCGACUACACGUCAUUCGAAGAAAUGCAAAGACUACUUCUCAUCGCGAUCACCGAAGGAUGUGAAGGCUUCGGGUUUGCUUGACGUCUAAUAGUAAUAUUGAAGAAUUAAAAAUUGAAUUUUUGAAUGAGAGAACUGCGCAUACGUUAUAGAUAAUUAUACAAGGAUGUUCCGAGAAAAUACACACCCCACGUGACGAUGGGAAAUAUAUGCAAGCGCGUGUUGAAUGACGGGAACUGAGAGAGGAUGUCUGACAAUUCAUCCUUUGUCUAAAGUAUGGUUUUCCGGUAACUUUGCAGAGGAAUUCAGACAAUAGAUGUUGAUUCUACUUAGGCAACAUCGCAGCCUGUUUGCCACUGCAGAAACGGGCACCCGCUGCGAUUACGUAGAUAUUGUUAAACCGCAACAUGAUAGAAGUUACAAAUGUGACAAUUAACUGAUGAUAGAGAUAGGGUUUCCAUAAAAACCAUGCUUGUUGGCUUUAACACUAAGAAUUAUACCUUGUAAACGAGGAAGGCAAGCACGAUGUAGUUUAUAGACCAUUAAUUAGUUUUGUAUAAAAAAUUACUGUUUUAUAUUCACAAAAAUAAAGUUUUAUCCGAUUA